UAGCGUGGAUCAGAAAGAAACCAUAGGAGAAAAACAAGUUCAUGAAAAUUUCCCAGAAUGUAAUGGUGGUUGUACCAGUAGGAUCGAAGAACACUUCUUCGAAACUUCCCAACACCUCUUGCAAACUAUAAUAAUCCAACAACACAACAUACCCCAAAACAACAGGAUAGCUGCUGCACACGCUGCACCACCUUCCUUAUAACCAUAGGUCUAACCGCGCUGUUCCUGUGGCUGAGUAUGCGCGUGGACGAACCCCAUUUGUACCUCGAAAAAAUUUACAUUCCUACCCUCAACAAAACUCUAAAUCCCUCUCCCGGAAACACCACCAUCCUCUUCACCCUCAGGCUCGCCAACAGGAACAAGGACACCGGAAUCAAAUACGACGACGUUCAGCUCACUUUCAAGGUCUUCGUCAGCAACAACACCACGCGCCCUCUCGGGAACGCCACCGUGCAGCGCUUCUACCAGGGCCGCAACAAGAAGGCCUCCAAGCGUGGCUCUCUCAACGGCGGCGGUAUCCUCACUACGACGGUUGCCGGGAAGGUGGUGUACCGCGUGGACUUCACUACGGCGAUCAAGUACAAGAUUGUUUGGUGGUACACGAAACGGCACCGUUUGUGGGGAGGGGCAAGUGUGGAAAUGAACGAUUCCGGGUCGAAAGUGAACCGGAAACCCGUCAGGCUUGGCGGUAAAAACCCGGUGGUGAUCCCGUCCGGCGCACCCGAAUUCCGUGGAUGCUAUCGUGCACUUGUCACUUUUUUUGUGGCUGCUUCUGUUCUUCUGCUUGAUGCUCAUGGGUUUAAUUGACUUGAGUUUAUCAUUUUUCAGUUUUGUGUGUAUUAUUUUAUUUAAUUAUUAGUUGUUUCUUUCUUUUUUUUAUAAAUGAUUGGUCUCAGAGAUAUUUUUAUUUUGUAAUAUGUAUUGUUUCUUUUAGUUUCUAUAGCUUCGGUUGAGAAUGAAAAUUGGAUUUGAAUGAA